UGUUUGAAAAUUUUAACUUCAAUUUUUAAAAAGUUAUAUGAAUAUCUGUAUUUUUACACUAAAUCAUUAAUUUUUCAAAAUUAUUUAUACGACCGUUAGUAUCGAAGUAAAUAGUGUUGAUUGUGGUUUGUUUUUAGUAUCGUUUUCAGUUCAAUAAAAUGAGUUUUAAUCGUUAUAAAGACAUUAUAGAAGAAGGAGACACCGUCAUACUAUACAUUAACCCACAAGCUAUGUAUGCUAUACAAGUUCAGUCAAUAAUCGAAAACCGUAAAGGUGAAAAAGUUGAAAACGUCAUGCAAACUAAGUAUGGAGCAUUGAAAAUUUCAUCAUUAUUUGGGAAACAGUUUGGAUCAAAAGUUAAUUUGUCCCAUGGAUGGGCUUAUGUUUUAUAUCCAACACCAGAACUUUGGACUCAGACAUUGCCUCACAGAACUCAGAUCAUAUACACACCAGAUAUAAGUCUUAUUAUGUUUAUGUUAGAACUUAAACCUGGUAGUAUUGUGGUCGAGUCAGGAACUGGAAGUGGUUCAUUAACUCAUUCUAUGGCUUUCAGAGUACAACCAACUGGACAUAUUUAUACUUAUGAUUUUCAUGAACAAAGAGCAGAUCAGGCUCAAAAAGAGUUUAAAUCUCAUGGAUUGUCUGAUAUUGUUACUAGUCAAUGCAGAGAUGUUUGCCAAAAUGGAUUUUGUGAUAAAGUGUCUGGUAAAGCAGAUGCUGUAUUUUUAGAUUUGCCUCAUCCACAUCUAGUAAUUCCAUUUGCUAUUAAAGCUCUAAAACCAUCAGGAGGCGGAAGGAUUUGUACGUUUUCGCCGUGCAUAGAACAAGUGAUUCGCACGUGCCAGGCGCUGCAGGACCACGGUUUCGUUCACCUGAAGACCGUCGAAUGCCUGGAAAAAGAGUAUCAAGUGCUGAACAGGACGGUGACCACGUUCGCCUCGGCCAGCCGACCGCCGCCCGUCGCUACGGGGCCGCAGAACGCGAUCGAACCAGAACGAGAAGAUAAGAAAUUCGUGGCUUGCGUCCCGUCCACGUCUCCUCGUGGUCACACGGGAUACCUCACCACGGCCACCUAUCCCGUAGAAAACCAACCUCCGCAGAUGGUGAAAAUUGAAAUCAAGUGCGAAUAAAUUGAUUUCUUGACUUCGCCAAAGUAAAGACGUCCACGGUAUUAUUAUUAUUGUUGUUGUUUUUUUUUUUUUUUUUUUUUUAUAUACUAUUUGAUAUAAUAUAUUUUUAUAUUACACAUACAUACGCACAUACGAAUAUUGAGCACACAAACGUUCUAUUGUGAUGGUGCUAUAUAAUAUAAUAAAUAAUAUAUAAACGUG